CCUAAGUCGGCAGACGCACUAAGCGUCGACACUGCGUCGACUCGUCCUCCUGCCUCUGCCCCCCGCUCUUGCCCCGUAACCCCCCACGACUUCGCCCAAUCUGUUGCAAAACAUACAGUCGCUAGGCAAAUUGCCCGCCAUGCCCGCGCGGCGCGCGUCGGCGGCCGCUCAGAACAUCGCGGGUGCGGUGUCGCGCGUUCACAAAAGCAACGGCUCCAACCAUAGCGUGUCUGGGCCAUCCUCGCUCGCGCCGUCCUCGCAGAAUGCACCGUAUUCGAGCUCGUCGAUACCCACCACGCCCCAGCAGAAAGUGGUUUACGUGCUUGUGAAUAGGUUGAAGAGCAAGCUACCUUGCAACUCGGGUAUCACACUCACGGACGUGGAAGGAGAUGAGGCACUAGGACAAGUUGUUGAGUCUCUGGUCGAGCUUUCGCGGGAUUCGCUAGACAUCAUCGGAUGGGCACUCACAGAGUUGCUGGAGAAGCUGAACAAGGCCGAUGCCAAUGGAUACAGGAGCGUCGAGGUCCUCCAGUCGCAACUAUUCAUCCUCAAGGUCCUCGCCAUUUGCAUGGCAUCGCGCUGGGGACAUCGCCAAGAGGGGACCAGACCGGGGUCGCGCAACAGCAAGGAACCCGCGAACACGACCUCCAAGCCGAGUACGCCGGAGACCCGCACCCUAUCCGCUCAAAGUCGACGGCGUCAGUGGUCGACUGAACAUCUUUCCCUCUUGAUCGAGCCGCCCCCGCUUGACGACAACUGCGCUAAGUACAUCCUCAGUGUGAUGGUGCUACUUCUGCGGCAGACUGCCCCAAUGAGGAACCGUUUGAUGUCAGCAGCGAAUAUGGACUUCGCUGCAUCGCAUCACGACUUCGAGUCCGUGGAAUCGCCGGACUACAUCACUAGCGUAGACGUCGGCGGAUCCGGCCUACCCUCUCAAAUCGUUUCACUUCCGCACAUGUUCAGGUCAAGACACGCGUCGUCGACUUCACUGAACUCCGGCACGCCCAGCGUGACAUCGACUAGCCAUGCCUCCAAGCAUUCGCUCGUAUACGAGAAGACAUCUGUCGUUACGUCCAAGUCGAUCUCCUCUCUGAACACACUCAUCUCGAAGUUCGCCGGGCGCGUGGUAUACCAUCUCUCAGCUUCGAAUUGGCACAUCGUCUUGGCUCGCAUUCGCAACAAGAUUCACUACCUCGCCAGCACGACGGAGACGGAUCCUGACAUCAUCGACCUCCAGCUCAUGAUGCAUAGUGCGCUCGAUCGACCAAGACUCAUUCAAGCCUUGCAGGAGUUGUCUUCACUGCUUCUCAACAUGAAGCAGGAGGCUCAAGCAGCAAUCGCCAUUCCGCUGCGCGUUGCUAUCUGGAACUGGAUUGAACUGUGUCCCGAGGAGUUCAAUGACACCAUUCGCCAUCAUCGUCGCAUGGAGGGCGCACCUGAACGCGUUUUCGACAUUCUGUUCGAUUCGCAGGAGGCUCAACACAAUCCUAAUGUGUGGCCAACGCUCACGGCCUUGGCAUGUAUCAGCUCCGAGCGGACGAGGACUGAUUUCCAGUCGAACUCCCUGGGCAUACCGAUCCUCAAGGGCCACCAGAACCGUCGGGACCGGAACUUCUUCGAAAUCAUGAUGCGUAACCUGGUCUCACCGACCGCGAAACUGUCCGAGGAAGCCUUGAUCUGUUGCUUAGACAUGUGCCGGGCAGCUUUUCGUAUACGACCCGAAGACGGCUCUGAGCACAUGUUACAGUUGACUUCUCAUGACCUUGCUCACGAGAUGAAGCGUGCUUUGGUGAACUGGAAUGGGACGAAACCCUUCUGGGAGUGGUCUGAAGAGAUCGAUGUCGCCAUCAUCGCCGACAUGCUUGUGACACUCUUCCGGUACUUGCCUGGCGAUGAGGUCAUUGACCUUUUCCACUUGUGUCUCGAGCCCGAACGAUCGGAUGCAGUCAAGAUUUCCGCAAUCAAGGCCUGCAUUACUCUGGUAGAUGAUGCGUCGAAAUGUCCCUGGCAACAAUCCCUCGAAACCUUGAGGGAAGCACUUCAAGAGAGAUUUGCUCGCAUUCUCCAUGCAUCGUUGACCCGUCGCAGCGAGCUUGAUUCCCAUGGGAACAUGAAGAAGCCUGCGCUUCGUCCCAAAGCGAAGCGGUACACGUCAGAGACACUGCCUGACAGAGAGUUGCUCGCAUAUUCUCUUCUAGCUCUCUAUCGUGCUGAACCGAUGCUGUUCUUGAAUCAUUUGGACAUGAGCCAACAGUCUCAAUGGAUCAAGUCAUGCGUCGAGGCAUGGCAUGCCCCCGCCGAUCCUGCUAUCAAGAUGAGCAUGGCCAAGACGUUCCGCGGCUGGGUGAAUGCGAUGGUACGACUGCCUCCUGAGCAUCCGCGUUAUGAAGCCUGCUGCGCCUGGCUGGCCGUUGUCUCUCCGGCGAUUCUGGCUACCGUCUGCACCAACUUACUGCUCGCGCGUACCGACAUGCAGGCACAACGUAUGUGGAUCAAUAUGGCGUACGAGAUCAUCUAUCGGUUCACGAAGUCCACGGAGACGGAGCAGAUUCGACGGGUCAAAAUCAACACAGAUCGUGUCUCGGCGUUCGCUGUGGCGGAAAUUGCCUUUCUCGUUGCCUUGACAUCUGCGGACGCCAACGUCACUCUGACCGCCGCGCAUUGCCUUCGGCUGCUUGCACAGGCAGAGACUGCACCUGAUGCUCCGUCGUCGAAUACGCACAGCGAGGAUGAGCGAGUGAAGCGGUAUCCCAUCUACGAACAACUCGGCGAUCCGAAGGUCCUUGUAGUCGGCCGUAUUGGCCACCAGAAACGUGUUCGCAGACUCAUGCGGUUGAUGCCUUCGACGUCUCCCGUACAUGUUGCGGUCUGGGAGGAAUGUUACUGGCGUUGGUGUGCGCUGAACGAGAUGGUUAUCAGGAGGUCAACUGACAGCACUGCCGACGGAUUCGAGGCUGGAAUUGCCCCCGUUGGCGAGAAAGUCUUGACGAGCGAGGAGAUACAUGCUCAAUGGCAGAAUUUGACGCUCUUCUUGGCCUCAUUUGGGUCAGCAUGUCUGCGGGACGAUGACUCGUCCGAUGUGACACUGGAUGUCGCGCCGCACUUCCUCCCGGAUGCCAUGCGGAUCCUUCGAAACCCCGCGGAAUUGUUACGUGAUUUCUUGGGCGUCCUCAUCGACUUCAUGGUCUCGGACUCCAUUCAGACACGAGAUACUGCCAGAGACGCGCUUGGCAGUGAAGCAAGUCCUCGUCUCUUCACCAAGAUCUUCAGGGAACUUGACAGCGUCGUUCGCGAGCUCGCCGCCAGCGACACUGUUCAUUGGAACACUUUGGCGCUCUUCCUCGAACAGUUCCUCGUCAUUUUGAAGGUGUUGGUGGAGAAUGCUCAGUAUCUCGAAGAGAUCCGUGGCAUGGAUCUUGGUUCGACUCUGGCCGUGAUAGCAUCAUUCAUCGGUCGCUUCCAUGAUGUGAGCUCUUACCGCUUGCGGCUGAAGUUCUGCAGCCUGUGCGAGGGCGUGUUCAGCCAAGGGGAGUCAAUUGCCAUGCGAAAGGACAGUAGCAACAGACAGAAGAUCGCUGACAUAGUCACCGAGUGGAUUCAAGACUCUGCUAUGUCUGAUCAUGGUUUCGCUGUGCAACAACGGGAGCUCAAUCUGCCCGCAUUCCGUGCCGCGGUGAAGUUAUUCGAUCGACUGGAACUUCAGGCUCCCGAUGGUACGACAGGCGAAGAGGCGACGCAUGUCGUCUCGCGGAUGUUUGUUCGCUACACAGGCGUCCUGUUCAAGGCUUGGGAAUGUUCUCGUUAUGACAUAGCCGCAACAGAUGAUCGUUCAACCGACAACUCGGCUUCACCGGGACUGCGCUCGUUGCAACGGGAUGGUGAGCUCCGCGAGCUCGUCAUUACGGGCUAUGCAUCGUUGGUCAGCGCAAAUCCUGAGGUCGGGGUGAAGCAUUCGCUGCCGCUUGCCUAUGAGAUGGAUAGCGCCAGGCGGGUCAUCUUUUCCUAUGUUUUCACGCGGGUACUCCCACAAGGAAUCUCCUUGGAUAGUCAAGAGCAGCCUGCAGUCGUCCCACGUCAAAGCAGGCUCUGCGAGUUGGUCAAGGGUCCAGAUCUUUCUCUCGCUCUGGCGAUCUGCGAGGUCUGCCCGGCAUCGGAAGUGGACAGUCUCAUAUCUGUCAUGCUCAACCUCUUCGACACACGUUCCGCCCUCAUGACCUUGUUGAAAAACAUGAUCGACCUCGAAGUUGGUCGAACAGACAGUGACACUGCGUUGUUCCGGGGCAAUACUACUUGUACUCGCUUCUUGUCGGCAUUCGCAAACAUCUACGGCUACAACUAUCUUCGCAGCCUCAUCGUACCCCUCAUCAAGACGAUGGCUUCGAUGCCGCCGGGGCAUGGCUACGAGUUGGAUCCAGCCAAGGUUGGUGAAGAGGUGGCUACUGCUAAUCGCGAGACCAUUCAGUUCAUCACCUCCUCCUUCCUUCAAAUCAUCUUGUCCUCCAUUCCUGCUGUCCCACCCAUGCUUCGAGAGGUUUGUGCGCAUAUUGCGAAGGUUGUGAACGAGGUGUGGCCCGAGGCGAAGUUUGCGGCCGUCGGGGCAUUCAUGUUCCUGAGAUUCAUUUCCCCUGCCAUAGUCGCGCCGGAGAUCAUCGACGUUGACAUCCCUAAAGACGACUGGGUAUUGCGCCGUGGCCUCAUGUUGGUCGCUAAAAUCAUCCAGAAUUUGGCGAACAACAUUUUCUUCGGGAAGGAACCUCAUAUGAUUGCUCUCAACGACUUUCUGAAGGAAAACAUCGUGAACGUGACGAGAUUUCUUAGCGACCUCAAUAAGACGGGACCGGCAUUCCAGGAGGAGGAACCAGAAGAAUGGUUGGACACAACGUAUGACGACACGGACACGAUUGUGCUGCAUCGUUUCCUGGAGAAACACGCCGACAGAGUUGGCAAGGAGUUACUGAGCACCUCCAAACCUCCGCCAACAACGGAAAGAUUGUCAGCGUCAGCGACAGCAGAAAUGGCGGCUGCCCACGCAAAGCGGAUAUGGGAUUCUCUCUGCGCUGCCUUAGUCGAGCUGGGUCAACCAUUGGAAGGCCCUAAGUUGACAGCUGCGGAUAGCCAACAGCAUACCGAGUAUCUGGACUUGAUGACAAGAUACGAGCAUAGAGAUACAAGCUCAGUGCAAGGCCUCUUCGUGGAGGCAGCGACGCCUGAAUCGUCUAAGGCAAUCUUUGUCCUGGCGGUGUCUCGGAUCGACGUUGAAGUCCUGGACAUUGAACUCUUGUUGUUCUAUAUCUUCAAGACCGUUAUCUCGCCAUCACAUGAGAGCCGGGACUUCGAUAUCAUCUUCGACUUCACCUGUUUCACCCUGGCCUCACAACUUCCUUUGCAGUGGCUGAAGUUCGCCUACGAAGUCAUCCCUUCCGAUAUACGUCGCCGGUUCGACACAGCACAUAUCCUAACUCCCAAUCAGCUUGCUACGAAAUAUCUGAAGCGUGUCUACAAUCUCUCCUCUGGCAUCGAGUUCUCUAGCAAUUGUGCCACGUAUUCCUCCGUAGAAGAGCUCAUCGACCAUCUUUUCGAAGGAACGACACUAGCCGCGCUUGACUAUGCUCUUGCUUUGGAAGCAGAACCGCGUACUCGUUUCGACGAAGUCACUAUGCGACACACCCAUCCCAUGCGUGUGCCAGUGAGCCUUGAGGUCGCACAAAGUCAUCUACGCAUCACGACGCUCAAGGCGUUACCUAUCGGAGGUUCUAUGUCCUGCAGAGCCACCGACAUCAUUGUGCUCUCGGAUGUGAACGACGUGUAUAACGUUUCCACCGGCCAUGAAACACACGAAUUCAUCAUCCGGAAGAUUCGUCACGGUGCCACUUUGUACUUCUCCUCGCACGCGCGGGACAACAUCGUGAAGGCGAUCCGGACCGCUAAGAGUACGCUGCGGAGUGUAGAGCUACCAGGUACAGAACGGCAAUCUCGGUUCUCAAACGUUGUCGCCACACUGCUGCACGUCGGAAUGCUCGGUGUCAACUCGCGGGAAGAGGAUGUAAGGAUUGCAGCCAACGAACUCCUGCAAGCAGUCUGCAUAUAUCUCGAUUUCGAGGGGAAGCCGCUUGUUGCUUCCAAAACGAGCUUGGUUAACGGACUUCCUGAACCCUUCCUAAUUCAAUUGAGCGAAGGCUUAGCCAACUUUGCGCCUCACCUCACGCUCGAUUUCCUGACCGAGAUCUCGACCAGCAUGGGUAGAGAGUCUAUACCCGACAGGAUCCUAUGUAUUCAGUACAUGGCGCCUUGGCUGAAGAACCUCGCAUACUUCAUGGAUCCUACAAACAAGCACUACGACCCUUCUACCACCAAAUUCCGCGACUGCGUCCGCGUGCUCGUCGACCUAACCAUGGCGGACAACGAACUUCACAACAUGGUGCUGAAGUACAUCUGGGCAGAGAUCGGUAGACUGGACAGUUGUGUCGUCAAUGCUGUUCUGGACGAGUUGAUGCGUGCGGCCGUGGACGGCGGAGUAGCAUCUGUGCGAUGCGAAAGGGUUGCUGACACCAUGAGCGCGAUCACGUCUAUCAAUGUUCGAGGUCGCAUAUUGUCACGAUUGCGCAAGGUUGUCGGCAAAACCUCGACGAAACCGACGAAGAGUCUCGCAGACAAUGUGCACUGGAAUGAGAUCUCGUGUUUGCUCAGGCUAGCCCUCGUGGCGGGCCAUCAUUGCAAGAAUGUUGUCCAGAGCCAGCUUUUCGUACCUGAAACGGUACAUCUGGUCACCCUCACGGCAGCAACAGGGCAAACCUACGUCCGAACCGCGGUAUACGGGAUCGUCGUCAACCUACUCAACGCUUUAUACACGGCUCGACUGGCGGACACGUCGGCCAGUCCGGAGAUCCAACAGCUCAUCAACGAGUGCGAACAGCCAGAGACGCUUCGGCUGUUUGGGCUGCUACGGCCGACUCCCACGAGCGACUAUGUCAACCUUGACCCUCCCAGCGACAAGCUGUACGUCGACACGAUGGAAAGCCUCGUCCGAUUCCUGUCACGGGUACUCGAGACAAUCGCGGGUACUAAAGGCCUCUUGAAUGUCUGGCGUGCUCGAUGGAUGAGCCUGAUCACGUCUUCAGCAUUCCAGCUCUCACCCGCUGUGCAGACUCGUGCUUUCGUUGCGCUGGGUGUCCUCGCGACGUCAGAUGUCGACGACGACCUGCUUUAUCAGAUGCUGGUUGCUUUCAAGACGGCGUUGUCGCAGUCAAGCGAGAACGAGACCACCUCCGUUGUCAGCAUGCUGCGCUGCAUCCGUAACGUCGUCCCUGCUUUGCCUCGGUAUUCUCGCUACCUCUGCCAACUCUUCUGGCUCGCUGUCGCUCUCCUCCAGUCCAGCCACAUGGUGCUAUACGUGGAGGCCAUCCAUAUGCUGCGUGUGACGCUCGAGGUCAUGGACAGUCAGGGAGCGUUCGAAGAGAAAGGGGUUUCAGCCACACUGCUGGACGGCAGGGCGGUGCUCGAGGAUGUAGCAUGCCAGCUUGAUCAACUCCUUGGUCUAUCAUUCGAGUCGAACUUCUCCUUUUCGCUGGCGGCUAUCGUCUUCAAAGGCACCCGGAACCCGAACCUCAGAGAUCCUGCCGAGGCUGCGCUACGAACGCUCAUGAAGAUCACUGUUCGCUCAUGUGGAGAGGUCGAGCAUGCUGAUGACGGGCCUGGUUCGUCUAUUUGCCAGCAGAUCUUGGGUUACUUUCUCGCUCUGCUACCGACCUCAACGACAACGGCGACAUUCAAGCGGCUGCUGGAGGAAUCAGCUGCCGACCCGUCGUGGUUGUCGCACAACCUGUUGACUGCGAGCAGUGACGAUGACCCCGUCGCCAAGGUCCCGUUCGCCCUCUUGGGGCUGUCCGACGCCAACACUGUCCUCUUCGUGACGUCGUUCGUCGGCGCAAUCUUGCAGACAGCGCAAGGUGACGACGCGGAAUCACAAAUCCUCUGCAACCUGCUGUCGGAUAUCGCUGACGCUUUCCCGGAUGUCGUCUCGAUGGCAUAUGAGAGCUUGCAAGACAGGAUCAGGGAUGUUUUCGCGAACUCUGCCAGCCCGGCUAUCCUGAGCGCCGUGUCGAACCUGUUCAGGGUAGCCGUACACGAUGCCGAAAGGAAUGGAACCGCGCCGGGCUCUACGUCCUCAUUGAGCAUCGAAGACGGUAUACCCCAUGGCCCCGGCCGCAGCCAUCUGUUUGCACUGGAGGAGCAGGGGAUGCAGGGCCUCGCGAACAGCUUCCAAUUCCUGCCCCCGAACCAAGGCCAUGCCACGAAGAUGAUGAAUUGGAUCUCGGAGUUGGUUAUGAAGAUCAUCGAGUGAUACGGGUCUCGGGAGAAUGCAUCCGGCGACGUAACAUGUAUAGCAUAGUCUUUUACGCAUCUAACUUAACACAUACUAUUCACGGUAGAGUUCAUACUGCACUUUGUCUACCUCCCCCUCCACCGUCGAUAUCCUCACCGUCAUAAGUCUGACUAGCAUUUGGGUGUACUUAAUGGUGUUCUCGCACUAGCUUUCUGUAGGAUAUGUCGCUUCCACUCUGCUGCAUCUCACACUUUGCUUUCCGACACUUUGUCUGCUGUCGUGCAUAAUCUUUCGAAUGAACUUUCUUCUCAUAGUCA